AUGACUCCAGAGCAGAAUCAAAGUUGGGUUUCUGAAUUUAUCCUGCUUGGCUUCUCCAGUGAUUCUGCCUCCAACAAGAUUCUCUUCUUUGCCUUCCUUCUCCUCUAUCUCAGCUCAAUCCUGGGCAAUGGACUUAUUGUCACUCUUAUCUGCCUGGACUCUCAUCUCCACAAUCCCAUGUACUUCUUUCUCUGUAUCCUCUCCUUAUUGGACAUGGGCUCUGUCACCACCACUGUACCACAAAUGCUGGUACACCUUCUUGCUCAUUCUCAGACUAUCUCUUUUGCUGGAUGUUGGUUGCAGAUGUUUGUGUUUGGUGCCCUGGGCCUGUUUGAAGGUAUCCUAUUUGUAGUUAUGGCCUAUGACAGAUAUGUGGCUAUUUGCUAUCCACUGCAUUAUACCAUUAUCCUCAGCUGGGGACUGUGCAUACAAAUGGCAGCUGGAACAUGUGCCUGCGGUUUCUUUUUAUCUCUGAUUCACACCUUUCUCACCAUGAGACUGCCCUACUGUGGGCCCAACAUUGUGAACCACUAUUUAUGUGAAGGUCCCUCAGUACGGAGCUUGGCCUGCAUGGAUACCCACCUCAUUGAAUUAGUAGACCUAGUUAUCAGUGUGUUUCUAGUUGUCACCCCACUUUCUCUCAUUGUGGCCUCUUAUAUCCGUAUUGUACUGGCCAUUCUCAAGAUCAAGUCUACCAGUGGCCGCUUCAAGGCCUUCUCCACUUGUGCUUCCCACUUGAUAGUGGUCAUACUCUUCUAUGCUCCAGCCACUUAUGUCUAUCUGAGGCCUAAUUCCAGCUACUCCUCUGAAUGUGACAAGCAGGUCUCACUCUUUUAUAAUGUCUUCACUCCUUUGCUCAAUCCCAUGGUAUAUAGCCUGAGGAACAAGGACAUUAAGGAAGCUUUUUCCAAGGUGUUGAAAUGUGGUAAUGUAGCCUAG